AUGUCGAGACGGUGGCCGUUGCACCCACCAUUUGUAGAAGAGGAGGUGAGUGGUUUGCGUCGUUUGGUCGUGAAAGAAACUCGGGAACCAAGUUGUUCUGUAUUUCUGGGCCACGUCAAUGAGCCAUGUACCGUCGAAGAAGAGAUGUCCAUACCUUUGAAAGAGUUGUUGGAGAAACACUGUGGAGGUGUUAAAGGUGGCUGGGAUAACUUGUUGGGAGUUAUUCCUGGUGGCUCGUCGGUGCCUGUUAUGCCAAAGCAUGUGUGUGACAACGUGCUCAUGGAUUACGACGCUUUGAAGGACGUUGGUUCCGGGUUGGGUACCGCCGCCGUCAUUGUUAUGAACAAGCAAACAGACAUGAUCAGAGCCAUCCAAAGAUUUGCACACUUCUACAAGCACGAGUCGUGUGGCCAGUGUACGCCUUGUCGUGAAGGAACCACUUGGUUGCAAAGAAUGAUGGACAGAUUUGUCAAGGGCCAAGCAACAGAAAAGGAAAUCGACAUGAUUUUCGAGUUGACAAAGGAGAUCGAGGGCCACACCAUUUGUGCCUUGGGAGACGCUGCCGCGUGGCCCGUUCAAGGUUUAAUCAAAUCUUUCAGACCUUUGAUGGUGGAGAGAAUGCAACAGUACCACGACAAAGACAAUAGUACUGUUCUGUAUGGUGGAUGGGUAGAAGGCGGCCAUGUCCAAGAAGGAGUGGUUGCGGAAAACCCCGUCCCUGGACACCAUUAA